AGAAGACCGGACCGAGAGGCGCGAGGUGGACUUGGGCAACCUGACCGGCCACAGAAGCCACGAAGAGGACAACUCGAUAUUUGGAAGAGGUAGAUGGCGGCACUGUCUCUCCCUCCACCCAAUUCACAUGCGGCUCUUGAAAUGCCAGGGGGAGCCCCGCGCUUCUUAAGUUUCCCCCGCUCCAUCAAGGCCCUCGCCGGCUCCAGUGCCGUCCUGAGAUGCCGUAUCAGCGGAGAUCCGCCACCUUGUGUCCUAUGGGAACGCGUGGGAAAUAUCCGGCUGGAACUAGGAGACAGGUGCAUGGUCCAACAGGAUGGGGACUGGUACCAACUGGUGAUCACUGACUUGAGAUUGGAAGACUCAGGGCAUUAUAUGUGCCGGGCGAGUAACUGGUCGGGAGAAGGUUAUGCUGGAGCCAAACUCACUGUGAUCCCAAACGUUAAUGAAGUUCCUGAACCUCCCGCCCAUGGAGCCUUUCCACCCUUGGCCAUAAGACAUGGUCCAAGUGCUUCCAUACCUUGUGCUGAUCCAGUUGCGUCUUCCAAAACUGAUUCCUUUGUUCCACCAAGUCCAGACGCCCCCGUUUGCCAACAGCUAAGCUCUGAUGCUAGUUACUUGCUGUCUUCCAACGCUCGCUACUCCGAGAUCCCCGACUUUCCUCCCCACUUUCUGCUCGUUCCGAACUCUCAAAGAUUAUGCCGAGGUCAGAGCGCGGAGCUUUCAUGUCGGGUAUCUGGAAAGCCAGAGCCCACUGUCCGAUGGGAAAAGGACGGAAGGAAACUGGAAGAGAUAUACGAUGGUUCUCAUUACCGAUUAUCUCCAGAGGGUCACACCUUGUACAUUUCCCAGGCUCAUUCCCCUGAUGCCGGCGUGUACGUGUGCCGGGCCAGUAACUCAGUAGGGCAGUGCUUGGCCGCUGCUGUACUGCUGGUGGAUCCAACGCUGCGCCAAGGGCAAGAACCAGCCCCGGGAGAUCCUCCACCGCAAGUCAAAGUCUUCACGGUCAACGAAGGGAAACACGCCAAGCUCCGAUGCCUGGUGACGGGUAAACCACGACCAGAGAUUAUAUGGCGCAAAGAUGGCCGCGCGGUAAGCCCAGGGCGCAGAACGCUGAUUUACGAAGACCGCGAAGGGCACUUCAUUCUGAAGGUGCUGUUCUGCCGACAGCAAGAUCGAGGUUUAUACGUGUGUGGGGCUUCCAACACGGCCGGGAACACGCUGAGUGCUGUCAUGUUACAUGUAAGAGAGGUAGGUGAGCAGUUCCCAGCUCCCCUCAGGGACAUCGCGGUGAGAGAGGGGCAGGAUGCCGUGCUCGAGUGCUCGGUCCCUGAUGGCUCUCGAACAUCCUGGUUCCUGGAAGACCAGCGGCUGCACCCAGGGAAGAGACACCUCAUGGAGGAGCAGGGCUCAAUCAGACGGCUCAUCAUCAGAGGGGCUCGAACAGAUGACGAUGGAGUGUAUCUUUGCCAGACUCAACGAGGGGCCCAGAGCAUCGCAGAGGUCGCUGUUAGAGGGUCCAUUGUAAAGCGGCUGCCUCGCCGCUUGGAAGUGGCUGAAGGUGGGAACGCGGCAUUCUGCGCAGAGACAGACAGCGACGUGGAGCAGGUGGGAUGGACCCGCCAUGGGGAGAUUCUGUCUGAGGAUCACAGGACUGUUCUGAAAAGUUUUGGGAGGACGCACGUCUUGGUGCUGGUUGGGGUAACUCAGGAGGACUCCGGUAUCAUCCAGUUCCACGCUGGGCUUUCUGAGUCAACUUGCCAGCUGCGUGUAAAGGCUCGUGGGGUGAGCGUCUCUCCUGCCUGCGGAGAGCCCCCUAGCAGAACGCUGGACGCCGGGCAGCCCCUCGCCCUCAACUGCCACGUGCCCAGCUCAGGAACCAAAGCUCGUUGGAUGAAGGAUGGCCAAGAACUGGAAUCGGGAGGCCAUGUGUCCAUCAAGUCAGAUGGCAGAAUGCGUCGGCUUCUCAUCUCAUCCUCAGACCCGUCGGACUGUGGGACGUACACGUGCCACGCCGCUGAUGACUCCGUUAGCUUCUCUGUCACCGUGACGGAGCCUCCGGUGAAAAUCAUAAACACGAGCGACGAUACGGAGCGUACGUGCGUGCGCGGGGAGAGCGUGGCGCUGAGCUGCGAGGUGUCACGGGAGAGCGCGCAGGUGCGGUGGUACAGAGACGGCGUGGAGGUGGAGGAGAGCGAGAACGUAAGGCUGGAGGCCGAGGGAAGGCAUCGCCGGCUGGUGAUCCGCGCCGCGCAGGCGCAGGACUCGGGGGAGUUUGUCUGCGAUACCGGUGAUGACUCUGUCUUUUACAGGGUUAACGUGACAGAACCCCCGGUGAAAAUUGUGAAUAGGAGCGAAGAUACAGAACCCCGGAGCGAGAGCGGGGAGCGCGUGGCGCUGAGCUGCGAGGUGUCGCGGGAGGACGCCCAGGUGAGAUGGUACAAGGACGGUGCGGAGGUGGCGGAGAGCGAGAACGUAAAGCUGGAGUCAGAUGGAAGACGUCGCCGGCUGGUGAUCCUGGCUGCGAGGACGCAGGACGCGGGCGAAUACGUGUGCCACGCUGGAGAGGACUCCGUCUCUUACAACGUGACGGUGACAGAGCCCCCGGUGAAGAUUGUGAACACGAGUGAUGACGUGGACCACAAAUGUUGGAGCGGGGAGCGCGUGGCACUGAGCUGCGAGGUGUCACGAGAGAAAGCCCUGGUGCGCUGGUACAGGGACGGCGUGGAGGUGCAGGAGAGCGAGAACGUCUGCCUGGAGUCGGAGGGGACGCUUCGCAGGCUAGUUAUUCACACCGCGACACCACAAGACUCAGGGGAGUUUGUCUGCGACACCGGAGAUGACUCCGUGUUCUACAACGUGAUAGUGAGAGAGCCACCUGCGAAGAUCGUAAACGCAAACGACGACGCAGAACUGGAAUGUCUGCGCGGGGAGCGGGUCGUUUUGAACUGCGAGUUAUCUCGAGCGAAUGCCCGCGUUCUUUGGUACAAAGAUGGCGAGGAGGUGGAGGAGAGCGAGAACAUUGUUCUGGAGUCAGAGGGGAAGCAUCGCCGGCUGAUUAUACCCUCAGCACAGGCGCAGGACUCGGGCGAAUAUGUCUGUGAUACCGGAGAUGACUCUGUCUUCUACGACGUGAGAGUAACAGAGCCCCCCGUGAAAAUCGUGAACACAAGCGAUGACGCGGAACAAAAGAGCGUGAGCGGGGAGCGCGUGGUGCUGAGCUGCGAGGUGUCCCGGGAGAGCGCCCAGGUGCGAUGGUACAAGGACGGGGUGGAAGUGGAGGAGAGCGAGAACGUCUGCCUGGUGUCAGAGGGGAGGCUCCGCCAGCUGGUGAUCCGCACCGCACAGGCGCAGGACUCGGGGGAAUUCGUCUGCGAUGCUGGAGACGAUUCUGUGUUCUACAAUGUAACAGUAACAGAGCCCCCCGUAAAAAUACAAAAUACAAGCGAUGACGCCGAGCCCAGGUGCGUGAGCGGGGAGCGCGUGGUGCUGAGCUGCGAGGUGUCACGGGGGAGCGCGCAGGUGCGAUGGUACAGAGACGGAGUGGAGGUGGAGGAGAGCGAGAACAUUCGGCUGGAGUCGGAGGGGACGCUUCGAAGGCUCAUUAUUGACGCCGCAACUCCAGGAAACUCGGGGGAGUUUGUCUGCGAUGCCGGAGACGACUCCGUUGUUUACAACGUGACGGUGACGGAGCCUCCUGUAAAAAUCACCAACACGAGUAAUGACACCGAGGAGAGGUGCCUUACCGGAGAGAAGGUGACCCUGAGCUGCGAGGUGUCCCGAGAGAGCGCAGCCGUGCGCUGGUACAAAGACGGAGAGCGAGUGGACGAGAGCGACCGGAUCAAGCUGGAGUCAGAGGGCAGACUCCGCCGGCUGGUCAUUCUAUCUGCGGAGUGCGAUGACUCUGGGGAGUUUGUCUGCGACGCUGGAGACGACUCCAUCUUCUACUAUGUAUCAGUAAAAGAACCUCCUGUGAAGAUUGUGAACACCGAGGACGACCCGGAGCACCAGAGUCUGAGCGGCGAGCGCGUAGUGUUAACCUGCGAGGUGUCCAAGGAGGAUGCCCAGGUGAGGUGGUACAAAGAUGGCGUGGAGGUGGAGGAGAGCGAGGACCUCAUCCUGGAGUCAGACGGGAGAUUUCACAGGCUGAUCAUUACCAGCGCACAGGUGCAGGACUCAGGAGAAUUCGUCUGCGAUGCUGGAAGUGAUUCCCUCUUCUACAGCGUAACAGUAACAGAACCUCCGGUGAAAAUUCUGAGCGCGGGUUAUGACACGGAGCCCAAGUGCGUGAGCGGGGAGCGCGUGGCGCUGAGCUGCGAGGUGUCACGGGAGAGCGCGCAGGUGCGAUGGUACAGGGACGGAGUGGAGGUGGAGGAGAGCGAGAACAUUCGGCUGGAGUCAGAGGGGACGCUUCGCAGACUGAUUAUUGAGGCUGCGCAGGUGGAGGACUCCGGAGAGUUUGAAUGUGUUGCUGGAGACGACUCUCUAAUGUAUUGUUUAGCAGUGACAGAGCCGCCUGUGAAGUUUGUGAACACGCGUGAUGACACAGAGCUGAGCUUCGUGACCGGCGACCGCGUGGUGCUCGGCUGCGAGGUGUCCCGGGAGAACGCCGCCGUGCGCUGGUACAGGGACGGCGUGGAGGUGAAAGACGGCGAUGGCGCCAGGCUGGAGUCCGAGGGGCCUCACCGCAGACUCAUCAUCCCGGGGGCACAAACCCGGGACUCCAGCGAGUUUGUCUGUGACGCGGGGGACGACGCCGUGUUUUUCAGCGUAAUCGUUACAGAACCCCCGACAAAGAUCUUAUUUCCGGAGGAUCGCUCUCAGGAGCUGGAGUUCACCGCGGGGGACCGGGUGGUGCUCUGCGUGGAGGUAUCACGGAGGGACGGCACGGUCCGCUGGUUUAAAGACGGCUUGGAGGUGGACGACAGUCUACAGGUGACAUCGGACGGGUGCCGUCGAUGCCUGAUCUUGGCAAACGCCGACGUGGACGAUUCCGGAGAAUAUAUCUGCGACGCGGACGACGACUCCGUGACAUUUGAUAUAAAAGUUUCAGAGCCCCCCGUCGCCAUCGUGCCCAGUGGCUGCUCCCCUUCUGUGCUGCGGGUCACAGAGGGAGACCCCUUGUGUAUAGAGUGCGAGCUGUCUCGGAGCCCGGCGGCCAUAAAGUGGCUGAGGAACGGAAAGGAGGUGACCCCGGGCGACAACGUAACUCUGGAUGGAGUGGGGACCAAACGAGCUCUUCGCCUUGAGUCCGCGCGAGAAGAAGACGCGGGGCGGUACGAGUGCAACGUCGGCACGGACUCUCGUGUCUUCACAGUGCACGUGGAUGAACCUCCGGUUGUCAUCGUGGGAAACACAGGAACCCCCGAGCACCAUGCGCUCAUGACAGGCGAUGACCUGGUCCUGUCCUGUGAGCUUUCCAGGCCUAACUUCAAGGUGCGCUGGUUGCGCGAUGGAGAGGAACUCCUGUCUGGUGGACGGGUGAAAAUCGUGGCCCGGGGUGUGCAUAGACAACUCACCAUACACUCACUGCGGCCGACCGACUCCGGCACUUACACCUGCGAUGCCGGGACUGACCAAAUGCAAACUACGGUCCACGUAGAAGUCCCUCGACAGGUGGAGUUCAUCACCGAGCUGGAAAACAUCACUGUCCUGGAAGGGGAGACGGCCACGUAUAAGUGCGUAGUGUCCCCCGACGAUGUGGAUCUUCUGUGGGAGUUGAACGGGUCCUCGGUUUACUCGGAGAGUUUACUUGAUAGAGUCAGGCUGUCGAGUAACGGCCUCUGUCACUCCCUCACCUUGCAUUCUUGCCGGAUCUCUGACUCGGGCAUCAUCACGGCCAACGCCGAAGGGAAAAUCUCCAGGGCGAGACUGAGAGUGCAGGAGGCCCAGGUGCUCUUCACCGAGGGUUUGCAGGACACGGAGGUGGAGGAGGAGCAGGAUGUGACCCUGCAGGUGAAGGUGACUACAGAGAAAGCAGAGGUCCACUGGGUGAAGCAGGGGGUGGUCAUCCAAUCCGGCAGCAAGUACACCCUGCGGACCGCCGGACAAGUGCACUCGCUCACAAUCCACUGCGUCGAACCAGCCGACCGAGGCCGCUACAGCUGCGAAAGCCUCCACGACCGGAGCGAUGGUCGCCUGAACGUACUACCCAAGAGCAUAGCCGUGAAGAAAGGGCUAAAGGAUGCGAAGUGCAUGGAAGGAAGCAACGUAGAGUUCUGUGUCGAGCUUUCGCAUGAAGGGUUGGUUGGGGAAUGGUGGAAAGGCGGUGUGCGUCUGACCUCCGACGACCGAUGUGAGAUCACCGCAAAGGGACGCCAGCACAUUCUGCGCUUCUUCAACCUCGCCCUCCCCGACUCUGGCGUCAUCGCUUUCACCACCGACGUCCUGCGCACCACGGCCCAGCUGACCGUCACCGAGCACCCGCUCGCCAUCACUCAGCCGCCUCAGGACUUUGUGGUCAACGAGUCCGGAUCGGCUUCGUUCCAGUGCGAGGUGUCCAAACUAGAGGCCGUUGUCACUUGGAGCAAGGACGGGGAGCAGCUGACUCCCACCGCAGAGCAUCGCGUGUACUCCGUCGGAAGGCGCAGAAUCCUUCAGCUCAGCAACUGCCGGCUGCAGGACGCGGGGACUUACGCCUGCCACGUGGGUGACAUAUCUGCAUCUGCCACGCUACGUGUUCUGGAACAAGAGCCCGUGAUGGUGAAGGAUCUGCAGGACGUGGAUAUCGUGGAGAACGAGAACGCCGUGUUUACCUGCGAAGCGUCCUGCGCUCAGGCAAAGGGGGAAUGGUUCAAGAACGGGGAGAGAGUCAAAGUCACGACCACCACCAAGAUCCGCCAGGAAGGAAGGAAGCAUUUUCUGCUGAUAUGUGGAGCUCAGUGUGAAGAUUCGGGAGAGAUCGUCUUCAGAGCCAGAAGGGCAGAGUCAAGAGCCCAGCUCCGAGUCGCAGAGCUUCCGGUUCGGAUAGUGAAGGCACUCAGGGACAGGACAGCGCUGGAAGGACAUCGAGUUGUACUCGAGUGCAAGGUCAGCCCCCCAAGGGCACAAGUGACUUGGCUGAAGGGAAGUCGGGAGAUUGCCCCGUCCUCCAAGUACCAGAUCUGCACCGAGGACGCGUUUCGCAAACUAAUCAUCAGUAACGUUGGCCCAGAAGACGAGGAUUUGUAUUCGGUGAAAACCUCCGGAGGACAGAGCUCUGCACGGCUGCUCGUGGAGGGUCUGGCCAUCCAGCUUCUUCGCCGGCUGAGUGAUGUGAAGGUGAAGGCUCCCGCCAACGCCUGCUUUGAGUGCGAGGUGUCUGUCCCUCUGUCCCGAGCCCCUCAGUGGAGUUUAAACGGCAGACCGCUAAGUGCCGGACCGGACGUGAUCCUGGAAAACAGAGGAACCCGGUACAAACUCACCCUGCGUGGAACUCACCCCGGCAUGACGGGGACCGUGGGAUUUACAGCCGGCAGAGCGCAUUCCGAGGCCAAACUCGCUGUGCAAGAAUAACCGACCCCAGAAUCCAGAGAUAUCUCUUCCGACUGUGUACACCCUACCUGUAUCUACCCCCCAAAAAAACGCAACAGCCUCCCUGCCCCUGCCGGUUCCUCUGCGUGACUUGGUGGAGCUGUGCUCCCACCGCCAAGAAAUGAUCCGGCUCUUUAUAAACCAUUAUGAUUGCGCAGAAAAGAGCGUGAAGGUGUGGAAGACGAGAAAAGAAGAUAGAAUCGUAGAAGAAAAUGAUAUAAAGCAGGUGAAAUGAUUAAAAAGACAGAAAAAAAGAAAGUGUGGACGUAAAUACCAUGAAUAAUCAGCACCACGGGGUCAUCAGAGCCAAACCGUGAGCAAUAAAUAUAUUUAUGUA